AUCCUAUGAAUACAGGUAGUACAACUACAUCGUAGAUGAAUUGUGCAACUGCUCUGCUCUGAGAUCCUGAGAGUAUAACUGGUUGGCAUACAAACCAUUUAUUAUAUAUAGUUUUUUUUGUUUCAGGACUAGAUAUAAUUAGCUAGAACAAGACUGCAAGCAAAAUCUAGUUCUACUGCACUGGAAGCCUAGCUGGUUUAAACAAGGAGCUGAACUAAAAUGAAACUGUAUCUGCUGUGUGUAGCUGUCUUGGUGCUGCAAUUCUGCUGGUGCCAGGGUGGAUCUAUGGACUACGAUAUGGACGAUAUAUUCACCACGCAGUCACCUACAACUCCAUGUAUGGGAAGCAGUGAGUCUGGAUCUGGAUCAGGACUGUCACUGACAACAGACUGCAUGACUGGCUCAACUACUACGGAGGAUGUCCCGGGCACAAUGGAACCAGAAGAGUGUGUCCCUCCGUCUCUCCCGGGCCUUCCAUCACUGACGAGGGAGGACGCUGUAUGGAGGGCUCAGUGCUACGCUGGAUGUGCAUCAAUUUACCUCGGUGAAGCCGGCUUCAGUCAACCCACCCUGCAGACUCUGGGCUACCCUGGUUACCCACUGUGGAGUUUAGUGACCAAGUCGUAUAUUCUGAGUGAGGAUAUCACCAAUGACUGUCUAGAGGGAGGAGCGGCAGAUCUCAAUGGAUGUAAUGCUGACUGCUUUCGUUUGAGUAAUGCUUACAGACAGAUUCUGGAUUGUGAAAGAGGUUGUUUGCAGAACUUUAAUGAUCCUCAAGACCCCAUCACAUGUGGCAGUAGUUGUAGAAGCGACUGCAGACAGAAUGAACAGAACGGUUGUGGUGGCACAAAGGGCUGCUUCAGUGACGUUGUCCAACCGUGCGGCCUUCGUUGCAAUCUCGGAGACUGUCAAGCCGGAUGUACAUAUGCUGCCAAUUUUUUUGAAAGCUCAUACCGUGAAGAAGCUGUUCCUGUGGAGCCUCCCACCAUCACUAUUCUACCAGGCUCCAGCAUGAUCUACUACAUUGAUCUAAACAACACGACUCUCCCUGUGACCAAUGAGAGAUUGGGCUAUUCAACGCUGAUCAUCAAAGUGGAGAAUUUGUCAGAUAACUCGUCAUCUUAUUAUGUACUGGAUGAAGGUUUUCAAUUCAACUUGGGAUCCUUUUCCAACCAGAAAGUCAACAUAUCGUAUGCUGUGGUAGCCACUAAUACCGAAGUGUCUCCAUUUUCUCGACCCACUGAACUAACAGUUGGAGAAGCUGUGCUAACAGAGUUCCCUGGGCAGCUGCAAACCUUUCAAUACGAAGUGCUUGAAGAUCCUGAAACUUUCAGAUACUUCAUGGUACAACUAACCUGGAGCCUGCCAUGCAAUGCGGAAUAUAUUGAGGGUUAUCGGAUUUCUCUCUCUGGGUUUUCAGUCUUCUGCGGGUCAUUUCAGGCGGAUGUUUUGAGCGGCACUCCUGAGUUUCCUGAGAAUUCGACGAGCUUCACCAUACGCAACACUGAGACCUUUGACCCCGAUAACAUCAUUGCCCCAAUCUCAGCCUGCUCCUACACUGCUAGGAUUGUAGUUCUACCAGAUGGCCCUGACUCCGGGGAGCCUGCUUCAAUCAACAUCAACUCAGGAAUAUAUCGUCAGCCAACCAUGGCAGACUUCAGCCUGAACUGUUCCAGCAGAGUCAACCCUCAAACAGGACGAUCAUACGACCUCACAGUUGAGCUCGUUUUCUGUCCUGCUUUCACUCAAAUAUUCCAGGAUCAGGCAAUCGAAAAUUUCCAGAUUGCCUCCGUUGUCUAUAAUAAGAACAACCCUCCGACUCCCCUUCCUGGAGGUAUCAUAUUUCUAAAUUUAGGGCGUGUCAAUGGAAGUUUGCAACAGUUUCACACCUUCUUCGAAAGUGCUCCACUACCUUCAGACCAGCAGUACAGAAUUUCAGCUGAUCUGAGGUACCAGAGAGGACUACCGCGUGAUCUCUCUAAUGAUGUUAUCUUUGCAACAUGCUUUCUACCAGACGUGGGUCCGGUGUCACCAGGCAAUGUAACACUUGUUAACAGUACCAUAGUUGGUCUGCCCAGCGAAAGCUUUGGAACAGGGCAAAGAAAUAUAUUUACUCAGAUCAGAGUCGUUUGGUCUCCGCCCGAGAGCCUGGGCUCAGGAGUGACAUCGUACCAGGUCCGAGUUGAAAGAGAACCAAUUGAGAUUGACGAUAUGAGUGUGUCUAAUGACAAAGUAGCUGAUAAUGGGCAGCUGUCUCUGCAAGAGGAGUACUCUUUUAGUGACGUUCCUGCUGGCAUCAUCACUCUGUAUGUACAGGUUCGAGCCUCCAAUGACCCAGCUCGAGUUGUCGGACUGUGGAGCGUUCCAGUUGAACUCAACGUGACAGUGUUCAACCCUCCAUCCCCUGGCACCAUGAAAGAAAAUGAUUACAAUAUCACCACUUUUUCUUACAGUAUCGACCACCAAUCAAUGAACCAGCUGUCGGUGAUGAUGGAGGUCGAGUUUAUAUCCCCUAUUAUUGAGUUUGGGGUGGUCAACCAGUACCAGUUCUAUGGUGGACCCGUGGAGCUGGAAGCACAAGACAAUAGUCCAUCAAGAGUCACUAGUUUCACUCCGAAAGUGUCUGACAGUCGACAGCCUCAGACUGAACCCUCUAUAUUCUCUGUUCCAAUUCCAGAACUAGGAAAAAGCGCCAGUGCUUUCGUACAGAUGCGAGCCGUGACUAUUUUUGAAGGUAGCACCCUCAUGCGCACUGGAAACUGGAGCCUACCGGAAACAGUCUCAAUUUUUAUCACCCCUCCCCCUGGCGACGUCUCCAUCAAUAGAGAUAAUAUUGUCUUCACUGCUGUAUUUUUUGGAAGCCAACUAAGACUAACCGUUAGCUUGGAGGUCGAGUGGACGAGUCCCAAUGUAACCUUGAGUAGUAUCCAGCGGAAGAAGCGACAAUCUGAUGCCAUGGAAACAAUGUUUAGAUUAGCUCUCGGAACUGAGCCGAUCGAAAUGUUUGGAGAAAUACCAGUGGACACUGCUACGCAGACAUUCGAUGGGAGCAGUGUCAGUGGUAUGGUGGAUGCUAACCUGUUCUUUGAUAAUGAAGAAGAUCCUACGAACUCAACACUGUAUCUACAGAUUCAGACCCAGACUCCCCUGUCCAUGGAUGGUGGUGCCUGGAGUGACCCAAUCGCUAUCAACGUGUCCAAUGUCAACUUCGUACAACCUGGCUUGUCUGUGGGUGCAGUGGUUGCAAUCGCUGUUGCAAUUCCAUUCGUAUUGAUCCUAGUGUUACUGUUAGUGCUGAUACUGGUUCCCGUGGGAUUGAUCAUCAGGAGAAAGAAGAGAUACCAAUAUGUUACUGAAGAUUUUACUGACAACAACAUGAUGAAUCUGGCCAAUGAGCAGAAAAUGACUUCAUUCUUUGCCGGGGAGAUAGAGGGAAAAGAACCACUACUGGAUGAGUGGGAGAUUGACACUGGUGAGGUUAUAGUGGAAGAUCAUCUCGGAGAGGGAGCCUUUGGUUUGGUGUUCAAGGGAGUUGUUCGUGGACCACUCAGAAACUCUAAACUCAGUCCAAAACUCAAGCAAUCUAUUGCCAUUCCUGUAGCCAUCAAGUUGCUCAAAGACACUGCUUCACGUAAAGAGAGGAAGGACUUUCUUGAUGAGAUUGAGACAAUGAAGAAGAUAUCAGACGGUUUCAAUCCUCAUGUAGUGAACAUGGUUGGCUGUGUGACCCUACAGGAGCCGCUGUGCCUCAUUACUGAGUUCGUACCUCACGGAGAUCUCCUGGACUACCUCAGGAACCAACGAAAGAAGGCUGCUUCCAAGAGGAGAAGUGAUUAUAUUCUGCGUCAGGAACUCGAAAACCAAAAGAAAGCUUACGAUGAACUCAGACGCAAAGUGGAGAUACUCCAAUCAGGCCAGGAGGAUGACCCCUCUCGCUCAACCGGGGGCAGUGGCUAUGCCGAGAUCGUGCAGCUGAGGGAUAUGGAGCAACUGGGGGAGCUUUCGAAAAACCAAAUGAUGGAAAGUCAGGGAGUGGAAGGAAUAAGAAAUCAGGUCAUACAAGAAGAGGAGGCUGGUCUGCAUACUAUUGUGGAGGAGAACACUUUUGCCGAUAACGACUCUGACGGGAUGCCUUCUUCUCCUGCCCCUUACCUGGAAGCCAGCAAUGAGUACUCUCACCUUGACCCCCCCCAGAAGGGAGUGGAGGCAACCAACGAGAAACAGGAUGAGGAGGAAGACCCGUACAUGGAACUAGGGGAGCUGGAGGCUAACGACCUCAUGCAGUUUGCCUACCAGAUCGCCACUGGAAUGGAAUAUCUUGCCAGUCUAAACAUAGUGCAUCGCGACCUGGCCUGUCGUAACAUCCUGGUUGGUGAGGACAAGAAUCUUAAGAUCACUGACUUUGGUCUCUCCCGAGAGGUAGAGGAAGUGUACGUGAAGAAGACACGAGGUCGCCUGCCCCUCAAGUGGAUGGCUCUUGAAUCUAUCAAUGAAAGAGAGUUCUCCACCUCCUCUGAUGUGUGGUCCUUUGGAGUGGUCCUUUGGGAGAUUGGAACACUGGGUGGCUUCCCCUACCCAACCAUCAGCAACACUGAUCUCCUCAUGAUGCUAAAGCAAGGCUAUCGUCUCGAAAAGCCAGACAACUGCGCCCCUCAAGUGUAUGAAGUGAUGCUUGAGUGCUGGAACGAGCAUCCUAUCGAUCGUCCCACCUUCACAAAAUUGCGCAGCAAGUUCAGCGAUAUGCUCCUAGCAACCACAAGUGAUACGUACAUGAUCCUCGAAGUUGAUGACCAGAAGGUCUACUACACGGUGGCAGAUGAUGAUGAAAAAAGAGAAAGAAGUGAUAGCAGCAGUUCUUCAGAUAGUGACUCGAGUAUCAAGAAAUCGAAAAGCAAGGAGAUUAAAAAGCCAGUGUGGUCAAAGCCAGUCAAUCCUUAUGUUGAUACACCUGCCAGUCGAUUGGAGCCAAUUACUGAGUACGCUCAGGACGAUGAUAAUGUGGUGACCGUCGAACAACACGAUACUUCUUCUUCGGACGAGGACGAAUAUGACAGAAGGGGAAUUGAGAGUGCAUAUGUGGAUCAACCUGCAAUGCGUUCCGUUCCAAAUAUGUCAGAUUCUAAUUCCAAUGAACCUCAAAAUGGGCAUGUUUUAAGUUCCGAGGAUGGUGAUCGCCAUAUGAGUACCGGAGUCCCGAUUUCUCUGCUCACUGACAAUAAACCCACCCAGCACACGCCGGUCACACACCACAGCAAGUCAAACCCCUACGUUGAUUCCCCAGGCACUGGACAGCUGUUGCCUGACCCGCCGAAAUACGAGAAUGAGAUUGUUAUCGAUUCUUCUCGAAUGAAACCUCUGAGUGAGGAGUUGGGCCUAAUGGAUGGUGGGGACACUGGUACCGUACUAUAAACUAAUUUGGAUUCAAAAACUGAUGAACUAUAAGUCAAACUUUACUCAUUUUAAACAAAUUUUGUAUUGAUAUCUUACUGCUGCGCUAUGUAAUAAAACAUUUAGAAGUUUACUUUCACUGUAUCCCUAUUGCAUCUAUAAUAUAUUAUCUUGGUUAGUCUAA